AUGAGCAGCACCAGAGCGGGCCGGCUGCCGCCCGCGUCCAGCCGAAGCAUCGUGGAGAGUUAUGUUACCCGCAUGGCUUCGCAGCUCCCCGAGGACUUCGCGUUCGCGACCCUGGUGCCGUGGGGCUCGCCGCACAAGCCAGGCAGGCUUGUUGCGCCGGAUGCCGCCCAUGAGGGUCACUGGGACGCCAGGGAGAUCGCGUCGCUGGUGUCUGGGUGCACCCACUUGCUGGUGCCGUGCACAUUCGAAACGCAGUACGAGAAGCGCAUGCUAAAGAACCUGUUGAGGCAGAUCGAGCCGAACAACAAUUUUCGUGUGGCCCUGCUGCAGCUGCUCGAGAUCCCUGGCAACAUGAACCGGGAGUACGUGGAGAUGCUCAUGGCACGCCACGACGUGCUCCUUUGGGCGCCGACAUGGUGA